CAUAUGGCUUUGCAAUGUGUGUUAGUUUUCAUGUUUUUGGUUUGUUUACUCUGCAAAGAAGUAGUUCUUGUCUCUUCUCACUCAAUUCAUUGUUCAAACCUCAAUUCCAAACAACCUCUCCAUCAAAUAUCCGAUAGAGAUGUUGAUAACAGAGAUAAAACAUUGGAUUCAUGGAGCAUUUUAAAUCAAGAAACUGCAGGUUAUAAUAAUUGGUCGAAGUCAAAUCUGAAUCGAAGCAGCCUCCCACCAGAUUUUAUAUUUGGAGCUGCGUCAUCGGCCUAUCAAUAUGAGGGUGCUGCAUUUGAAGGCGGGAAAGGAAAAAGUAUAUGGGACACAUACAGCCACACGCCAGGUAAAAUAUCAGACGGGAGCAAUGGAGACGUGGCUACAAACUUCUACAAUCUAUAUAAGGAUGAUGUGAAGUUGAUGAAGGUUUUAGGAAUUGAUGCUUUCAGAAUGUCCAUUUCUUGGCCUCGAAUAUUACCUCGUGGGAAGCUAAGUGAGGGAGUCAACAAAGAAGGAGUAGCCUUUUACAACAACGUCUUCAAUGAGCUCAUAGCAAAUGGUAUAACCCCAUUUGUGACACUAUUUCAUUGGGACGUUCCUCAAGCACUAGAAGAUGAGUAUGGAGGCUUCCUAAGUCCACUCAUUAUAGAUGAUUUUAGAGAUUUUGCAGAAGUUUGUUUCAAAGAAUUUGGCGAUCGGAUUAAGCAUUGGAUGACGGUAAAUGAGGCAUAUAUAUUUGCUGUAACUGGAUACGAUGGAGGUUUGUACGGACCGUUAGCGCCUGGGAGAUGCUCCUCUUGCCCUCGAGGCGACUCUGCAAUCGAACCUUACAUUGUCGCUCACCAUUUGCUUCUCUCUCAUGCGACAACUUUCAAAUUAUACAAACACAAAUAUCAGGCAACUCAAACGGGAGAAAUAGGCAUAACACUAGUAUCCAACUGGAUUGUACCUUAUUCGAGCACCGAUCUCGAUAUCAAAGCUGCACAACGAGCCCUUGAUUUUAUGUAUGGAUGGUUUAUGAAUCCAAUAGUAUAUGGAGAUUAUCCAGCAAUAAUGCGUUCCAUUGUAAAAAAUCGGUUGCCAAAAUUUACAGAGGAGGAAAGCUUAAUGUUAAAAGGGUCAUUUGAUUUCAUAGGAUUAAACUAUUAUACAGCAAAUUAUGCAGCACAUGUCUCCACUCCCAAUCCCAAUAUUAGCUGCUCCACUGAUAAUAUGGUUCAUCUUUCGUCGGAUAUUGACGGUGUACCAAUCGGUGAUCCGACUGCAGUUGGCGUUUUCUAUGUCUACCCACAAGGACUUCAUGAUAUUCUACUCUACACCAAGCAAAAAUAUAACAUUUCCAAAACUAUUUACGUAACAGAAACAGGUAUAGGUGACUUUUACAAUAGCAGUACAGAAGACCAACAACGAAUUGAUUUUUACUAUGGUCAUAUUAGAGCUGUUCAACAAGCCAUUGAGAAGGGCGUAAAUGUAAAAGGCUUUUUUGCGUGGUCAUUUUUGGACAAUUUUGAAUGGGCGUCGGGUUACACGAUUCGAUUUGGGUUUUAUUAUGUGGAUUACGAGAAUGAACUUAAAAGAAUUCCUAAACGAUCUGCUUUAUGGUUUAAGAAUUUCCUCAAAUACAAGUAAAAAUGUACUUGUGAGAGAUUAUGGAUUUGAAUCUAUUGUGAUACAAAAGUAAAAAUUGUUAUUUAAUUUAUUUA